GAAGGAAAAAAUUCUCUCAAGAUCGUCCUCCACUCCAUUUGAGUAGUUCCUGUCGGCUCUCUUUCUUCCUCCCGGUUUCUCCCCCAUUUCCAGCUCAGUCCAGUUACUCCUCCAUCAUCACUUCGCCUUUUCUGCUCUCCUCAGCUGCAUGCUGCUGCUGAUUCUUCAUCUGCUUUCUUAAGUGUCUUUCACCUUCUGAUCUGAUGAUCUGUGCAGUUUAUGCUUGAUCAGUGUGAUUUCAAGUGUUUUUAGGAGUUACCCAGUUCUUGAUUCAGUUUAUUAGAGUGGGAAGUGAAGAAAGUUGCUGUCUUUGUUGGUUCAACUUCAGAUCUUCUAGCUAUGGUGGAUCUAAGUGAUAUGGGAUCAGACUCUGAAGAAAUGAUCUGCAAAACUCCAAUAGCAGGGAGGGUAUUAUCGUCAGAGACCAAAGCUUGUGCUGAUUGUGGCACCACAAAGACUCCUCUUUGGAGAGGUGGUCCUGCUGGUCCAAAGUCUUUAUGCAAUGCAUGUGGGAUAAGGAGCAGGAAGAGGAGGAGGGCAUUAUUGGGACUGAAUAAAGAUGACAAGAAGUCAAAGAAAACUGGGAGUGGGAGCAAGAACAGUGGGAGGAGCAGCUCAAGUGACAGUGGUAGUAGCAGCACAGGAGGGGGAAGUAAUGGGAUUUCACCAUAUAGUUCAACUCCAUUGAGGAAGAGGUUGUUGGGGUUUGGUGGAGGAGGAACUGAAGUGGGGUAUCAGAAGCCAAGAAGUCAGCAACAUAGGAGAAAACAGCUUGGGGAAGUAGAAAAGGCUGCCUUUCUGUUAAUGGCUUUGUCUUGUGGAUCUGUUUUUGCUUAGUAGAUUCAAGAGGAAGAAGAUGAAAGAAGAAAGAUCUGGUUUUUUUUGGGUUAGUUUAGUAGCAAGCUGGAUUGAUGUAUCAGUAGGAGUAGGGGGAGAGGAAGGGCAAAAAAUGUAACUUCAUCAAGAGGCUAGGAGGAUAUCCUCUUUCAAAUGUAUGGUUGAGAUUCAAUCGUGUGUUUCCCUAAUGUUCUUUAUUUUUUUCCGUUGGAAAUUUGCUGACUUUUGUCUCUGGUUUGAUUGACGAGUGACGACUAGUCUCGUGAAUGUUCAAUUCAAGUAUUCAACUAUUGUUCAACCUUUUUAAAUUCAAAAAGUUUUGCCAUUAUUACAUAUAAAAUAAAAAGUACUA